GCUAUUUCGUUGUAAAUGUCAAUUAAAGGCAGUGGGAAGGGGCAGUUAUAUGUUCGCUUAUAAAAGGGGCUGCUGCAGUUCUGUUUAACAACUGCCUCUUUGCCUUGUGUAAAAACCUGCUUGAGAGAAAGACAAUGUUGUCCAUCUCGGUGGCAGCCCUGAUCUGGUUGGUCUCCCUGAGGACCUUGUCCACAGCUUUGGAUCCAACCCUGGAGGCGACAUGGAGAGACUGGAAGGCCACUCACGGUAAAGAAUACGCUCAGGAGGAGGAAGAAUCCUUUCGAAGAGCCAUAUGGGAGGAGAAUUUGCAGAUGAUUCAAGACCAUAACAAGCAGGCUGACCAGGGAAAAUAUACCUACUGGCUUGGCAUGAACCACUUUGGCGAUUUGACCAAUGAAGAACUUGACAAGAGACUGCAUUGUCUGCUUUCUGAUAAAGUAAAUAAAGUCAAAGGGAUCCCGUUCAAACCUUCAGAAAAUCCGGAUAUUCCAGACCACGUAGAUUGGAGAAUCGAAGGUGGUGUCACCAAAAUCAAGGAUCAGGGUGAAUGUGGCUCUUGUUGGUCCUUCAGUGCCACAGGUGCUCUGGAAGGCAUGCAUUUCAAGAAGACGGGGAAGCUGGUCUCGCUGAGCGAACAAAAUCUUAUUGACUGUUCUGAUGACCCAGACAAUGAAGGGUGUCAGGGUGGACUUAUGGAGCAAGCCUUUGCAACUGUGCAGCAGCGAGGCGGGAUCAAUUCAGAGAAAAGCUACCCUUAUGAUGGAGAGGAUGGGCAGACUUGUCGCUAUGAUCCUGAGGAAUCUAUUACCAGAUGUAACUCAUACGGACAGAUCAUGGACGAGGAUGAAAAAGGUCUUCAGGAAGCUGUGGCCAAGAUUGGUCCAGUUUCUGUUGGAAUAGAUGCUCGGAGUAGCAAGUUCAAGUACUAUAAGUCAGGUAUAUUUGGAGAACACUACAAUGGAAAGCGAGUGAUAAGUCAUGGUAUGCUGAUUGUGGGUUAUAACAACUCCAGCGAGGGUAAAGGCUAUUGGAUCCUAAAGAACAGCUGGUCCACGCUUUGGGGUGAGAAAGGUUACAUGCGCCUAGUCAAAGGAUCAAAUGAAUGCAACGUCGCUCAAUACGCUGUCUAUCCUCUCCCAGAUCCAGAGAAGGGAAAGUAAUCUCUUCUUUCAGCAUAAGGAUCAUUUGAAAUGCAGAGCUAAAAGUCACCAAUGAAUGACCUGCUGCUUCUGAAGCUUCUGGAAGAAAAGCAAAUGUUAAUAAAUGCUUUUGGGCAAUGCUACUCAGAA